CGUAGAAGAAGCGCGGCUUUUAUUUUGCUCAGCAUUUUUCAAUAAGCGCUACAAACACUGCACCGUUGCAUCGUUUCUGGUGAUAAGGUGGUAUUCGAACCGGAAAAGGUGUUAUUGUGCCGUGCGGUUUGUUGUGUGCCGUGGUUUAUUCGCUGGUGUAUUCCUUCCUCCCACGAAUUGCGUUUGUUUACGAACGCGUCUGUUUGUAGAUGCACAUUCGCUACAAAACCGCAAAACUCAAUAUGUAUAACAAUUCGAACGGUAGCGUCGAGCAUGCAGACUCCAGCAAAGAGGACGCUGGCCGGUCGGAGAAAAAAGGCGACGCGAUAAAGGAUGAUAAAACGCAACAUGCCGAUGGCAAAGAGAGCUUCAUCGAGGAAGUUGUGCAGGAGGAAGAGGAGGAAGAAGAAAUGGAGACAUUAGAACAGAUUCAAAGUGACGCCGCGGAGGUGGAAGAAGUAUUUACAGAAACGUUGGAAAAGGAUGACGGUGAGGAGGCGGAAGUGCUGGAAGAUGCGGAACCCUCGGAAGAAGCUACCGAUGGGAAUGCGUCGAAAGACAAACGGACCGAGCAAGAUCUGUCGGAGGCGGAUGAUAAAAAGAUCACUAUCGAAAUCCUGAAACCGGAGGACGUGAAAAAGGAAGCGGCAGCGAACGUGUCGCGCGAGGAAAAACCCGCCAUCGAGCUGGAAAUGUGUCGGGUGUGUAUGGGCACGGACGAGCUGUCCGAUAUAUUCCAGCUUGAAGGCCCGGUACGUGUGAGCGAUAUCAUCAUGAAGGUGUGCACCAACAUUCGCAUAACGGCGCGCGAUCAUUUGCCACACAAAAUAUGCGAACGGUGCCUCGGACAGGUGCGCAUCGUGCACGAGUUCAAGAAUCGUUGCGAAGCGUCGGACAAAGAGCUGCGGAAAAAUUUGAAGCGCAGCGCGAACAAAAGCCGCCGUCAGAGUGAUUUCAUCGUGGUAAACUGCCCAAUGUCGGACUCGGACAAGGACGACGACGAGCCGGUGGAUGAUGACGAGUAUAAGGUGUCGCAGUCGGAGGUGGAAUCGGAACCGGCCACCUCAGACGAUAGCUUCUCGCCACCGAACAAGCGGAAACGUACGCCCAAAAGAAGGGGACGCAUUCCGGGCACUGGUCGAAGGGGUAGACCGGGUCGCAAACCGAAGAACAUGGCCACCAGCACCCCGGCGGUAGCGACGUUCCCACCGAAGCGUCGUCCGGGUAGGCCGCCAAAGUAUCCGAAAACUUCUAGCCUGUCCAACAUCGUGUACAUAGAAGCACCGGAAGAUAGUUCCAGCUCGGGCGAGGAGGAGGAGGUAAAGCGCAAGCGGAGGAAGCGCGGAGACAACCCGUGUCCGAAGUGUGACGAGGUACUGCCCAGUCAGCUUGCGCUGAAACAGCACCUAAAAACGCAUCCCGGCGAUCGGUUCGAUUGCGAUCGUUGUGCACUGUUCUUCCGCACGGAACGGGCUCUUACGAAUCACGUCGAGCGGCAUAAAAAGGCGGAUCGGAUUCGCGAGGAAAAGCGUCAGGAGCGCGAACAGCGCAUCGAGCAGCGUUCCCAGUACACGCCCAAAUCAUCGGAUCCGGAUAAGACGAAGCUGAAUACACCGCAAGGUUCGUCGACGGUGGAAAGGAAGAGAAAGUCGGACACAUCCGCAGUCAGCAGCGGGAGGGAUCUGUUCAAGUGCGUAGCACCGCUGACGUCCACCUAUUGGAGCGAUAGUUUCUCCGAUUAAAAUGUUCCCAGAAUCGUUGAACCGCUGCAUGCAUCAUCAAGUGGGAGAUAUAACAUUUCCUGUAGGACAACGAGUGAGGAUCUUUACAUAGUUUGUAUCAUUUAAUUGUGUGAAGAGUAAAACCAGGAGUAUAUUUUAUAAAAGUUCCGCUGAUAGCACACUAGACACUACCUUCAUUUUAUAGGGAUGGCAAUAGCUAAAAGAGAACGUAGCACAUCUUAUUCGUACUGCAAUAUUUUAUGAUUUAAUAUGUUUCUGUAAUAAUCCAAUUGAAAAACCAAUAUGAUGUGGUUUAUUUUACUUCCUUUAUCAUUAGUAAUUAAAACAAAACGCAUACAAAAUUCAAACAGACGAAUUUUGUCGAUAAUAAUUUGAACUAGUUAAUCGGAGUUAUAAUUAUCGUUUGCCCUUCGACGGGGCCAUUAUCAACCCUUCGAUUGAGCGUAUAAUUUUUGUCAUAUUAUGAUGUAGUUUUUUGUUUUAAAUUCAUGUUUGUGCAAGGAUUGUAUAAAACUAGACGGUUUUAGGGGUGUAACUUUAAGACGAAUAAAUAUCUAGUGAAGUAAGAAGCAAAGGUAAAGAUAGAAGAAACAUCAAAAUUACACAUGAUGCAAAUGAUCAUUCAGAAGGGAAAGUUUGUACUUUAGGCUGCUAAGUGUAAUUAAAAUCGAGAAGAAAAUUAACGAAACUAUUACUUGUUCGGCUUUACUAGUUUGGUUUAGGUAUGUGCUACGUGUGCCCACAAAGCAAAUUCAUUUCAAAUUUGCAGUGUGUAAACAUCACAGUUCAUACGAAUGUUUGAACUAAGCAAACAACACAAUCAAUCAAAAUUAGAACGAUGUUUUGAUUUCAUCAAACGUAAAAAAAAUAAAAACCACACUAGACACACAUUAUCGUCAAACACUUAAGUUUAACUUUAAUCGCAAGUCGGAUGUGCAAGAAGCCAUGUUUCAUUUGAUAUGUAUAAUAAAAAAAAGCUUACAAAACCUA